AUGCGCUGCUUCAUCAGCCUUGUUCUUGGCCUGCUGGCCCUGGAGGUGGCCCUUGCUCGGAACCUACAGGAACAAGUCUUCAACUCAGUUCAGUCCAUGUGUCCUGAAGCCAGCUCCAGUGAGGACGCAGAUUGUAUCAACUGUCGAACCAACGAGGAGUGUGCCCAGAAUGCCAUGUGUUGUCCCAGUUCCUGUGGCCGGACCUGCCAAACUCCUGUCAACACUAAUGUUGAAAAGGCUGGCCGCUGCCCCUGGAAUUCAUUCCAGAUGAUCGCUGCUGGGCCAUGCCCAAAGGUUGUACUCUGCUCCCGAGACAGUGAUUGUGAUGGCAACAUGAAAUGCUGCAACACUAACUGUGUCAUGAAAUGUGAGCCCCCACAAUCAGUUUCCCACUACCAGACAGUCACUACGCUUCCCAACCCCGGAAGACUGAGCUCAGCAAAGACUACGCCUGCCCGGAACGAGCAGAGGGCGUGGCUUCCUUCCGAGAGCACUCGACCACCUAAUUUCCGGCGGCGCACCGGUGACGUACGUGAGCGCGCCGGGCCGCGUGGAGGCCGUACGGCUGAUGGAGGUCAGUGA